ACCAUGUCGCUGUUGACUUCGACUUCAUUAAUUGGGCCAGUGAGUCUGACGGAUAUUUUCGAGACGUUACUAGCUACAGAUCAUGCACACGCCCAGUCUAGCUCGAGCCACCGCAUCUAAAAUGGCACUGUAGUUUUGAAGCGGCGAAUGACCAUCGGGUACUGUCAUAGCCGGUUUCUCUCGAGUCCUUUUGGUAGUCUUUCCAGUUCUGCGUUGUGUAUACCCUUUGUCUUCACAGGGGUGCAAAGUCUAUGGUUCGGUUCGGCCCUAACUUGGAACCGGUUUAAUUCGGAUUCGGGCUCACAGAACAUCUGCAAGACCCCCACGGGUUACAGUCUGCCCCCGUUGUUAUUUUCGCCUCGUCCUCUUGCACUCGGCAUGGCCUUGGCUGCCUUGUUGGGUCUUGUACCUUCUGGUUCUGGUUACAGGGCUUGAUUCCAGAAGUCUCUGCGCCUGCCGGGGCUGUCUGAAGGGUUGCCGUAUCGCCGCCCGUAGACAAGCAGGUUUUCACGCGCCGCUUGAUCGAUCCAUGACUAUGGAUA